AGGGGAAGCUUCGCAGGCGUGCACCAAGCAGUGAGAUCACUGGCGUUAUAAAUAUCCCAGUUCCUGCGCCGAGAUCCAUUCGAGUGGCCUCUCUCUCUCUCCCUCCCUCUCUUCCCCGAGGCUAUGUCCACCCGGUGCGGCGAGGGGGGCAGCGCCAGAGGCACGCAGCCGCGCGGGGGCUACGGAGCCCAGAACCAACCCUACAAGAUGCACUUAGAACCCCCGCGGCUGGAAGAAUGAGCUUGUCCUUCCUCCUCCUCCUCUUCCUCAGCCACCUAAUUCUCAGCGCCUGGGCUCACGGGGAGAAGCACCUCGCCCCCAAAGGGCAACCCGGACCCGCAGCCACCGGUCGGAACCCGGCGGGCUCCAGCAGCAGUAGGAGCAGCAGGGGCACGACGUUUUCCUCUUCUUCCUCCGUCUCCUCCUCCCCCUCGGCUUCUCUGGGCAACCAAGGAAGCGGCUUGGAGCAGAGCAGUUUCCAGUGGAGCCCCUCGGGGCGCCGGACCGGCAGCCUCUACUGCAGAGUGGGCAUCGGUUUCCAUCUGCAGAUCUACCCGGAUGGCAAAGUCAAUGGCUCCCAUGAAGCCAAUAUGUUAAGUAUUUUGGAAAUAUUUGCUGUGUCUCAGGGGAUUGUAGGAAUACGAGGAGUUUUCAGCAACAAAUUUUUAGCGAUGUCAAAAAAAGGAAAACUCCAUGCAAGUGCCAAAUUUACAGAUGACUGCAAGUUCAGGGAGCGAUUCCAAGAAAACAGCUAUAAUACCUAUGCCUCAGCAAUACACAGAACUGAGCCAGCAGGCAGGGAAUGGUAUGUGGCCCUCAACAAGAGAGGGAAAGCUAAGCGAGGCUGCAGCCCGCGGGUUAAACCCCAGCACAUCUCUACCCACUUUCUGCCAAGAUUCAAGCAGCUGGAGCAGCCAGAACUUUCUUUCACGGUCACUGUUCCUGAGAAGAAAAAGCCACCCAGUCCUGUCAAGCCAAAGGUUCCCCUUUCUGCACCUCGGAAAAGUCCCAACACCGUGAAGUACAGACUCAAAUUUCGCUUUGGAUAAUAUUCCUCUUGGCCUUGUGAGAAACCAUGCCUUUGCCUCAGGAGUUUCCACGAGUGUCUUUAUGGCUCUGAAGAAAAACGUUCGGAUACACCUGCAGCUACACUCCACCGUAGUGAAGUCCAGUCACUUGUUUCAGCACGACUGAAAGAAAACUGUUUUCUGAUAGGAACUGAACUGGAAUUCUUUGUCCAACAUAGGGAGCACACCGCUUCAGUCAGGACGACAUAAAGCCUUUUGCUUUAUGCUUCGUGCAUACUCUGUAUUUUGAGAAAGUUAAACAGCGUGGACUAUGUAUUUUUCUGACUUUUACAGAACAACCUGAAAGAACAUACAUGAUACAUUUUUAUUUUUGGUUUCCAAAGAAUAUUUUGAUGCAGAUAAAAUAUUUUAUUAACUUUCGUUUUUUGUUUUUUGUUGUUUUUUUUAAAAAAAGUACCUCUGCAUUGAGCAUAUUUUCUUACUUUUAUUUUAAUUAAUAUGA